UUGAAAGUGAGGAGGGAGAAGCAGCAGCCCUGGGCGGCAGAGAAGCUCAAUUUUGCAUAGGAUGUGCAAGUGAAGACAAGAGAAGUCAAAGAUGGCUCAGUGUUUUGUAUCUUAAAGGCCAGGGAGUAAGAAUUUUGCAAGACUACCCCACUCCUACCCUUCAUGAUCUGUGUACCACUAUCCCAGCCCAGAAGCUGCCUGUUAACUUGCACUUGGCUUCUCGAGUGUACCAUACAGCUGACAAGAAAGGUCACAAUACUUUGCUUGCGAUAUUGGGAACCUCUUUCUUAGAUGGUCACUUUACAGAUGAAGAGCGAAGAAACAGAAUACUGCAAGGAAUUCCUGUUGUGGAUCACAAUCAAGAAUAUGUGCCUGUCCUUCCACCACCACCAGUCGUACUUCCUGAAUGGACACAAGGAACUAGACAGCGUGUUCACAAACCUUAUCUACAACUCACAGGAGAGGAAGUGUCUGCUUAUCCAGAAUGUACAAAGUUGUUUUGGAAUCCAACUUCACCCAAAUUCUCUGUUCCGGUAUCUAUUAUGAAGGAAACUCUAUAUUCAAAAUAUGAGAGUGUUCAAGCAAGCAAGAUUUUAACUGAGAGAUUUUCAGCUGAAAGCAAGGAAAGUGUCAUUAUUUUAAAUCAGCACAGCAGUUCUAGGUUUUUUUUCCUAAGAAAAUCUGCAUCAUUUGAAAAUAUCCGAAAAUGUUUCAACACACCAUCUCCACAAUUAAAGAGAGUAAAAUCUGCAGUUGAAUUGAAGAAAGAAGAGGUCACAACUCCAAUAGAGAUUAAGGAUGACAAGCAAAGCACUAUAAAAGACAUGAUAUUUCAGAAAACAAAGCACUUAGAGCAUUGGAUGACUCAGAAAAAUGAAACUGAGGAACCCUCUGAGAAAGAAAAUAUAGAUAGCAUCUUAGAUGACAUUCAGGACAGAGGCAUUGUGAGAGAUCUGUCACUCUCUCUCAUUGAAGCAUCUAAAAAAGCUGGCAUUACUUAUAUUGUUUAUCCCAAGAAAAAGAAGAUGAGAUGGAAGAAAAGAUUGAAGUUCAAUAAACUUACAGCUUUGUAUGAUGAAUUAUCCAAGCCUCCGAAAGUUCUUAAAAGAUCAACAUCUCAUGGAAUCCUUCCUGGACAGAAGAAAUAUUUACUCAAAGUUCCAUUAUAUGAACGUAAACUUCAUUGUCCCAGUCUACCUUUGUGUUUAAAUUUUGAUGAAUUUGUCCGAAGUAAGGGAGGAAUUCCAGAAAAUUGUGACCCUCGAACAUGGGCUCUUGAUAUGUUCUCUAAGGAUAAACAUCAGAAGACAACCACAAAAAAGAAAGCUGUUAAAAUAUCUAUCCAUGAAGGCUUGUCUGAAAGAAUGAAAGAACCACCAAAAAUAGAAUUGUGUGAUUCUUUGAAGUCUGGUCUUUCUCCAGAAGUUAUUAAAUAUUAUGAAUCUGAAGUGGAGAUCUUGACUAAAGAAAUAAAUGAUAAGAAAACAUAUCCUGCUUUUGCAUAUUGCAGGCGUGGAGCUCUUUAUAGGAAACUGGGAAAGUUACAGAGUGCCAUGAAAGAUCUACAGGAAGCUAUACUAUUGGAGCCAUUGUUUCUCAAUGCCUAUUGGCAUCGGCAUUUCAUUUACCUUUUCCAAGACAAAAUUAAUGAAGCUUUGGAUGAUUUGAAUUAUAUAAAUAAAUAUAAUAAAAAUAAUGCAGAGGCAUAUUUGUCAAAGGCAGAAAUUUUCAGAAGAAGAAAAGACAUUACUUUAGCAAUUCUGAACUAUACCCAGGCAAUUAAGUGCAAGCCCAUGGAGGCCGAUAUAUAUUUCAGAAGGGGUGAGAUGUAUGAAAUAGCAAACAAAGUACUGGCCAUUGAUGACUUUUCUAAAUGUAUUUUUUAUGAUCCCAAAAGAACAGAUGCAUUGUUGAAACGUGGAAUGUUUUACUAUGAAAAUGAAAACUGGAUUUUAGCCAUACAAGAUUUUACAGCUAUAUUAAAUAUAGAUCCCCAAAAUUCUCAAGCCAGGACAUACAGAGGAAGAGCAUAUUUUAAACGGCAAUUUUAUAAGCAAGCAACUCAAGAUUUUUCUGUUGCAAUUCAUUUAGAUCCUAAUAACUGGUUAGCAUUGUAUUAUAGAGGUUGCUUAUUUAGAAAGAGUAGCCCUUUUAGAGCACUGCAGGAUUAUAGUGUUUCAGCUCUCAUAAAUGAUGGCUAUGAGAAUCUUAGUUGUUUUCUACAUCGGGGCAUACUCUAUACGGAUCUAAAACUUUGGUUGCUGGCAAUCUGUGACUUUGAAACUGUUAUUUCUCUAGAAAGAACUGUUAUUCUGGCUUACAUAAAUAUUGGCCUCAUACAUCUACUAUACUUGGAUAACUACUUUGAAGCCACUUGGCAUUUUUCUGAGGCUAUUAGACUUGAUCCUUUAUAUAUUCAAAGCUAUAUUUGUCGAGCAGAAACCUAUCAGAAGUUGCAUAAAUUGAAAAAGGCGGUAAGAGAGUUAUCUCGUGCUAUCCACCUUCAGCCAGAUGGAAUCCAAUUGUAUAUAAUAAGAGGACAAUAUCUUCUUAUGAUGAAAUGUUAUAAUCUUGCAAAGUUUACUAUUUAUCAAGUAGCAGAAAUGAACAAAGGUCUCAUUGAGUUGAGUCCUAUACAGCAAGCACUCAUUUAUUCAUUUUGUGAAAACCAUGACAAAGCCAUUCAGGUCUUGGAUAGGAUUACUUUGAAUAGGCCUGAGCUCACCAUGUAUACUCUAUUAGCAAAAGCCCAAAUGAAGGCCAAGAGAAACAAGGAAGCUGUGAGAAUGUUUAAAAAGGCGUUGGAUAUUUUUUCUCAUUCUGAUAAAGGACCAAAUGCCAUAGCAGCUUCAGCAGACUGUCUGUAUAACUUGGGUCUUUGUUACAUGGAGGAAGGCAAUAUACAAAUGGCCUUUGAUUGUUUUACGAAAGCUGUGAAAGCAAAUCCUGGUUUUGCAGAAGGCUUUUAUCAACGUGGGCUUUGUAAAGUAAAACUCCAAAAGGACAGCUCAAUCUUGGACUUUAAUCAUGCAAUUACCCUCAAUCCAAAACAUUACCAGGCAUACUUAAGCCGAGUAGCCUUCUAUGGUUUGAAAGGCAGAUACUCCAAAGCAAUCUUGAAUUGUAAUGAAGCCAUCAAAAUUUAUCCUCAGAGUGUGCGUGCUUAUAUCUACAGAGGAGUUCUGAAAUACUACAACAAGACUUAUAAGUUAGCGAUUACAGAUUUAACUACAGCUAUCAAUAUGGACAAAAACAGUUAUGUAGCAUUUUAUAACAGAGCAUUAUGUUACACUAAGAUAAAUGAACUUCGACUGGCGUUAACAGAUUAUGGAAUCGUGCUUCUUCUUGAUGCUGGAGAAACUGUGAUGUUAAAUACUUUCAUUAAUCGUGGACUCAUCUAUGUAGAGCUAGAGCAGUAUAGUUUUGCAUUGGAGGAUUUUAAACAAGCUGCACUGAUAAGCAAGACUAAUGUGAACCUCUGUCAAGCCACUGCCAUGUGCCAUCACAGAAAUAAAGAAUUUGAAGAAGCUGUUGAUUUCUUCACCUGGGCUAUUAAAAUUAAUCCAUGUUUUCUGGAUGCUUAUGUUGGACGGGGAAAUUCUUACAUGGAAUAUGGUCAUGAUAAAGCCGCCAAACAAGCACAGAAGGACUUUCUGAAAGCAUUGCACAUUGAUCCAACAUAUAUAAAAGCCAGAAUUAGCCUAGGCUAUAAUUUGCAGGCCCAAGGAAAAUUCCAGAAAGCUUGGAAUCACUUUACCAUUGCCAUAGAAGUUGAUCCAAAGUGCUACUUAGCCUAUGAAGGAAGAGCUGUGGUCUGUCUUCAGAUGGGUGAUAAUUUUGCUGCAAUUCAAGACAUUAAUGCUGCCAUAAAGAUCAAUACUACAGCAGAAUUCUUAACAAAUCGUGGUGUGAUUCACGAGUUUAUGGGUCAACAACAGAAUGCAAUGAAAGACUAUCAAGCAGCAAUUUCUCUAAACCCCACGUAUUCGUUGGCUUACUUUAAUGCAGGAAAUAUCUAUUUUCACCACAGACAGUUUUCCCAGGCCAGUGACUACUUCUCAAAGGCUUUAAAGUUUGAUCCAGAAAAUGAAUGUGCUACCAUGAAUCGAGCUAUUGCAAAUACAAUAUUAAAGAAAUACAAAGAAGCAAAAGAAGAUUUUGCAUAUGUGGUUGAAAGCUGUCCCUUCUGGGCUGCAGUAUAUUUUAACAGAGCACACUUCUAUUGUUGUUUAAAGCAAUAUGAACUAGCUGAGGAAGACCUAAGCAAAGCCUUGUCUUUGAAACCUGAUGAUGCUCUAAUAUAUAAUCUUAGAGCAGAAGUUCGUGGUAAAAUAGGUUUGACUGAGGAAGCUGUGUCUGACUACAUUCAAGCACUUGAUCUUCAAGAAUAUUCCUCAGUGAUAUGAUUACACACAGACCAUGGUUUCUGUAGCAGUCUAUACAGCUCUUCUUCCAGAAAUGGAAGCUUAUUUGUUGUUUAAAAGGUUAUUCAAUCUUCAUUAUUGCAUUUUUUAUGUUUUGUUAUCUAUAAAACCCUUUUAGGCAUUUUAAUAAUAUACUUGCAUUAUAUAUUAAUGAUAAAACUUCUAGUUCCUUUUCUGUAUAUUUGAAAAAACUAAUAACUGAAUUUCUUUAGAGGGUGCAGAAUUUAAAUGGAAAUGUUUCUUAAGGAAUAAUAACAUUUAAAAUAUUUUCUUUAAAGUAAAAUAAUUCCUUCUGAAAUAAUAUAAUCUUCAUCAUUAUAGAAAAAGUGUCAUUGACCUUUUCAUCAGUACUUACUCAUAAUGUAUUCAACAGAUUCCA